UAGCGAACUGUAAACAACGCGUGGCGGCUGAACCAAGAACUAGAGGCAGAGCGAAAGAAGAAGACAGAGUGUAAAUAUAAGCGCGUAUAUAGUAUAUACACAUAUAAAAGAAGCAACUGCAAAAACUAAACAGCAACAACAGUAAAAACGCGGCGCUAAAAACGAGUGAAACAAAUAAAAGUAUUAUUUGUAUUAUUUAUACAUAGCAAAAUUUUUUUUAUUGCGAACCAAUAACCGUCGUAUUUCGCAAGUGUUUGAAAUUUGUGUGUUGUUAACAACAAGUUCCAGUUCCUACAACAACAACAAGCUCAACAGCAACAAAAUGGCGUUCAUGAUGCCCGUUAUGAAAAACAACUAUGACAUCUACAAGGACACGCGCUCACGCAAAACAUCUGAAUGUUCGGACGCAAGCAGCGGUAAAGGCACCGCAACCCUUGCCACCGCCCUCGGCACACCUACACCUGCCCAGCAACUCCAGCAACAGCAGAGACGCCGCAAGGUGUCCGAAUGCAAAUCGGAAAGUUUCGCCACGUCGCCAGCACAUGGUCAGGUCGGCGCACAUCGUAUGCAAAUGCAGCGCUGCCAUUCAUCGCGUGCCUUCCCGCGCAACGCCUCCCGCGGCUCACACGGCUCGAUGAUGACAAUGAUGUCGCCCACACGAUCCUAUGCAGCUGGCGUCGGCAGCAGUAGUCCGCCAAGUCGUUCACCGACCACGUCAGCAUUAGAAAGGCAUGCGGCGGCAGCGGCGACAGCAGAGGCAGCACAGCAGCAGAAGCAGAGCAGCGGCGCUGGCAGCAACGAUUAUACCAAAUUCCAUCUGCGUUUGGUUGACAAGCUGCGCAAAUCCUUUCGCAAGGAUAGCGGCAAACGUUCAUGAGAAAGAAGCAACAAUAGAAAUUAUAACAUUUACAACAACAACAAUAAUAAUAACAGCAACAGCAGCGACGUCGACGCCGGCCGCAACAAUAACUACGCCACCUACAAUGGUCCCUGCAACGACAAUGGCGAUGCUGAUGACGUUGGCAGCUGCAGCGCUGUACAGCGUCUCGCUGUCGGCGUCGGCAGCGACACCAAUGGCAGUAGCCGAAACAGCGUUGUCAGUCGUCUGGGUCGGCGCUUAAAGCGCUGCCAAAUGCGUCUCUCGCAGUUGGCGCUCAGUACAGCACACAAUCUGCCGACGCCGCAGCCGCCGUCGACACCGCCGUCAGCCCACACCCAUGCCGCCCACAUGCAAUUGGACUUUGACGUUAGCAGCAGCGCCAAUCUUACCGCCAGCCCGUAUGCCACGCGACGACGUCGACUGCGCAGCUGCAGCGGCAGCAGUAGCAGCCGCUUAAAGCUGCGACUGCGUCGCUCAACAUCGUCCCCAGGCUAAGCGAAUCGAUCAUGUGCCUUGCACUUGGACUUGGGCGUGGGAGAAGGGGGAGACGAGCUGGGCGGAGCGCGGCGCAUUACCAAUUGAUUGGCCAACGGCCAGCUGGCAGACCCAACCAGGAUGCGGGCCAUUGGCUAUUUAUAAACUGAGUCGUCGUUGCACUGAGGGCGACGACAUUAGCGGUGGAAUCGUCGUAACCCGCGGGAUCGGCGCAGUAAGUUGGUAGCUGUGUGUAGCCAAAAAAAAGUACAUCUGUUUUGCUUGCUUUCUUUAAUAAUUUAGUUAAGGUAAUCAAUUUGUAUUAUGUGGGUACUUAAUUUCUAUAAUCUUUUUUUUUAUAAAAAUAUAUACUUAGUGCAAUAUUUUUGUUUCAUUGCACAACACUUAAGAUAAUGAAUAUAAAACCAACUAAUAACCGAAAAUAUUCACAAAUAUGUACAUACAUAUGUAGUUAUAACCAAGGCUUCCAGGAUAUUGCAAAGAGCAGCAAAUAAAGAACACAUUCUUUCGAAAGUACUUGUAGAGUUCUGAAGGAGUGCAAAUAAUUGAACGAAAUAAUUCAAGUUAACUAUACAAUGAGGAUUAAUAUUUCCAUAACAGAUUCCCUAUAAAAUGGGACCAACUUUUGGGUGUAACAUAACACCAACUCUAUACUAUCCAUCGAAAAAUACAAUUACCUAUUUUUGAAACAAAGAUUUUGAGAACCUAAUGAAGAUUCCAAGGAAAUCCAACAAAUUUUUAUCAAAAACUGAAUCCUUUUUUUGCGAAAUUGAAUUGUAAUUCAAUGUAAAGUUUUUAAAACAUAACGAAAUUUCGGAUAAACGAACUUUUUAAAUGAAAUUUACUAAAACUUUUAAGAAGUGUAAUAUCAUGAAAGAAUUUUAACCCAAAAUAAAAUCAACUUUUGGCGAAACUGAAACUCUAGUGAUUAAAGAAUUCACAGAUUCCUUCAGCUAAGAACAUAAAACUCAAACUCCCAUACUCAACUUUAAUAAAAAUUUCAGUGUAAUUAAAUAUACCGACGACUUUUGAGAAAAUUGUCAUCCAAUUUAAAAUAACCUUAAAACAGAACUCAAGUUAAUCCCAGUUGAAACAUAUUUGAAAACUUAAAUAGAGUUUUCGAAACUGAAUGAAGGUUUUGAUGAACGAAAUUUGUCAAAACAAUUUAAUUUAAUGAACUUUAAUUCAUGUUUUAAAAAUUCUUAUAAUAGUGUUUCAAUCGAAUCAGUCGGUCAGGUACUGGAAAUUUUAUUGCAACUUAAAUUUGUUGAAAAGUUUAAUGUUUUGAUAUGUCAUUGAUAUUUAACUGAAAUUCAAACAGUUUAAGCCGAAUUGAGUAAAAGAGCAUUUCAGUAUUGAGUAGAAACUAUGUUGAGACUCUGAAAGUUCUAGAACAUUUUAACGAAAACUUUUAAAAUAAAUGCGAAUUAGAUUCACUUUUUCGACCGUUUUUCUUAAAAAGUAUGCCAAGACUUACUCAAGAAAAUGUUCAAUAUCAGCCCCUUUGAAACCCUUUAACGAAAGCACAGAUAAAAAAAGGAAGUUAAGCAAAGAUUUAAUCACAUAUUGCUUUACCGAACCUAUAACUGUUAAAAUAUAUACAUACAUUUUCCCAGUAGUUACAGUUAAUACUAUAGUUGGUUAUUUGCCCAAAACGAACUCACUUUUGACCAAAUAAACAGUCGGAUUUGAAAGCAAAUUCGAGAUUUCUACUUAAAUCAAAACGAAUCGAAAUUCACAAAAUUGUUUACUGCCGAUUGCAUUAUGAGGGACAGACAACCAGUAGUCAAAAAAGAUAACAAAAAACAAAACCUGCAACAAACACAAAAAGACAGCAGAGAAUCGAAACAAAGUUGCAGAUAUUUAUAAAAAUAGACAAUUUUUUUUGUGUCCGUAAACGAAUUAAAUGUAAAUUAAACGCAGGCUGCGAUAAGUUGGCCAUUAAUUGAUGACAAUAUAGAACUAUAUAUACAUAGAUAUAUAUAUAUAUAUAUUUUAAGCGCCGCGAACAAAGCGAGAAAUGCUGAAAAUAGACUUCAAAAUUACAUAUUGUAUAUAUCUAUACGAAUAUAAUUAUAUAUACUAUAUACAUAUACAUAUGUAUAUUUAAUAUUGUAAAUAUUCGUAAGUGCUACUUUUAUUGAAAACAAUUUUUUAAAUAUACAAAAAAAAACUAUAAAUAUAUGUAUCUGAGAAAUAUGUGUUAGUUGUUAAUUUUAUAAAGGAAUUUAAACAUACACAGUAUACUCCUAAGACCGCUUUAUACAUACCUUAAACAAAUUUUAAAAUUCUACAAAAAAAAAAGGAAAAACAAAUAAAAAGAACGCAAUAAAAUGACAAAAA